CGUUUUUCUGCUGAAGAACUUCAAGCUUAGCUUAGUAAUAAAUAUAAUUAAAUAGUUUAAAGUUCAUCUUAUUGAUUGAAUAAAUAAUACUCAUGUGUACUCAAUAAUUAGAUUUCGAGUGCGGAAAUUGGAAUCCUACAUUUAAAUCUAAAUUUUAGAUAUAUGGAAUCAUAUUUUUUUCAAAUAAAUUUUUGAGCUUAUCUAAAAAAGUGAAGAAGAAAGAAUGUCUGGAAAAACGAAUUUAUUACAAUAUGCAGCUACUGUCACAGGUUCAAUGACAGUGGUAGGGUAUGGUGCCAUCAUAGCCUGGUCAUCACCAGCAGUCCCACACCUGGAAAGUGCAAACUCAGAAAUUCUCAUCACCAAGGAUCAAAGUUCCUGGAUAGCCUCUCUCUCCUCUUUAGGAUUUUUAAUUGGCUUUGUUCUAAAUCCUCUUUUCGUUGAUCGAUUUGGUCGAAAAUGGACUUUAAUAUUAUUUUCACUGCCACAAAUCACAUCAUGGCUCCUGAUAAUCUUAGCAAAAAGCUACAUCACUCUCUACAUAGCAAGACUCGUUGGAGGAACUGGUUAUGGAGGAGGCCUGUGUACACUAACAAUCUACUUUUCAGAAAUUGGAAACAAGAAUAAUAGAGGAAUUUUCCUAGUCCUUAUUCGACUUUCCAUGGGAAUUGGAAUGCUUUUCACCACAGUCUUAGGAGCUUUCUUGACAUACAAUCAAAUGAAUUUUAUACUUCUCAUGCUUCCAAUUAUCUUUCUGGUUUUGUUUCUGCUGAUGCCAGAUUCUUCAUAUUUUUUGGAAAUCAACAAAAGACUGGAAGAGGAAGAAAUGAGGAAGAUCAAUUGUGUAGGACUGGAAGAAGCUGAAACUGAAGAAACUAGAUUGAAUUUUGAAAAAAACCCUACAUUUUUUAAAGAAGAUCCUGAGAACAAGAGUUCAUACCAACAGUAUUUAGGCCUCGAAAUUCCAAAAUCAGAACCAGAAUUUUCUAAAUCAGAACCGAAAUCUUGGAAGCUUGGAAAGAAUAGUUUUAAUUUUAGAGAAUCAAGUUUGUGGAAACUGAUUGGAAAUCCGAAAAAUCGAAAAGCCUUGGCAAUUGUCAUCUUUUUAGGAUUUACUGUUGUUUUUUCAGGAAACUCUAUUUUGGGAUCUUUUGGUCAAAAAAUACUCACUCACAAGGGAGCUAUUAUGGAUCCCAAAAAUGGAAUGGUAUUUUUAUCACUUCUGAAUGUAUUUGCUUGUCUGAUAAGCACACAGAUAGUGGAAAGAGUCAAGAGAAGAACUCUUUUAUUAUAUUCUGGAAUAAUCUCUUCCAUUUCCCUGGGAAUUGUGGGAGUUUUUUUCUGUUUGGAUCAAAAUGAGUUGGCUGCUUUUUAUUUCGGAUGGGUGCCCAUUUUUUUCCUCUCAGUUUAUGAUCUUUUAAUUAGCGCUGGACUUAGCAAUAUUUUUUACAUUUACCAAGGAGAAUUAUUCACAAAUGAUGUUAAAAGUGCGGCAGUGACAGUAAUUAAACUUGUGUAUAUAGCAAUUAUAUUUAUAUCUAUAUUAGAAUUUCAGAAAAUGAUUGAAAUUGCGGGAAUGAAUGGAAUUUUUUGGUUUUAUGGAAUUUGUUGUGUUGUUGGAACAGUUUUAGUUUAUUUUAUGGCUCCUGAAACUAAGGGAAAAGCUUUGGAGGAAAUACAAGAAUGUUUGGAGGUUAAGAGAUUUUUUCCUGGAAUUCAAGAUCUUUGGAGAACAAAGGAAAAAAAGGUUUUAAUUUAAUUUUUAUCGUUAAAUUUUUUUAAGUUUGUUAAUUGUGAAGGACUUAAUCAAUAAAUGAUGUGCGAAUUUGACGAAAAUCUACAACAUUCAAAAUUUUGUUUCUCUCGGGGAAAAAGAUCUUGUGAAAAAUCCAUACAUGCUACAUAAACCGUAAUGCGGGAAACGCUUGGAGUGUGUAACCGAAAGCCUAGGGUCGAUUCCUGCGGCCGACAGUUUUUUUUCAUUUCGAGUUUUUUUACAGCAAUUGAAUGUUUAUAUUUUGGUUAUUAUUGUGUUUAUGAGAUUAAA